GGGUGGUUUCGCGGCUCAGCAGAGCUUGAGUCUCACCGCUGGGACGAUGCCGUCGUACACCGUCACCGUGGCCACGGGCAGCCAGUGGUUCGCGGGCACCGACGACUACGUGUACCUGAGCCUGGAGGGCACGGAGGGCUGCAGCGAGAGGCACCUCCUGGACAAACCCUUCUACAACGACUUCGAGCGCGGCGCGGUUGACUCCUAUGAUGUGACUGUGGGAGAGGAUCUUGGAGAAAUUCAGCUAAUAAAAAUUGAGAAACGAAAAUAUUGGUACCAGGAUGACUGGUACCUUAAGUAUAUCACUGUAAAAACGCCAAUGGGCGAUUAUUUGGAGUUCCCAUGUUACCGUUGGAUUACAGAUGAAAAAGAGAUUGUCCUUCGAGAUGGAAGAGCAAAGCUCCCUCGGGAUGACAAGACCCAGAUUCUCAAGCAGCACAGACGCAAAGAGCUCGAGACCCGUCAAAAAAUGUACCGCUGGAAGGAGUGGCAUCCGGGAUUCCCCCUGAGCAUCGAUGCCCAUUCCCACAGUGACCUGCCUCGUGACAUCCAGUUUGACAAUGAGAAAGGAAUCGACUUCAUUCUGAACUACUCUAAAGCCAUGGAGAAUCUUUACAUCAACCGUUUCAUGCACAUGUUCCAGUCCUCCUGGAGUGAUUUUGCAGAUUUUGAGAGGAUCUUCGUCAGAAUCAGCAACACAAUCUCUGAAUACGAGAUGCAGCACUGGAAGGAAGAUUUUAUGUUUGGCUACCAGUUCUUGAAUGGAUGCAAUCCUGUGCUGAUCCGGAGAUGCACGGAGAUACCCAAGAAGUUACCUGUGACUAUGGAUAUGGUAGAAUGCAGUCUGGAGAGGAACCUGACCCUGGAGGAGGAAGUGAAGCAAGGAAACAUUUUCAUUGUGGACUAUGAGCUGCUGGAUGGCGUUGAUGCCAACAAAACAGACCCACGCACAAUACAAUACUUGGCUGCACCAAUCUGUCUGCUGUAUAAGAAUCUGGAGAAUAAAAUUGUACCCAUUGCAAUCCAGCUUGGUCAGAAGCCUGGGCCAGACAAUCCCAUAUUCCUUCCCUCAGAUGCCACAUAUGACUGGCUCCUAGCUAAGAUUUGGGUUCGCUCAUCUGAUUUCCAUGUCCACCAGACAGUAACCCAUCUCUUACGGACACACUUAGUCUCGGAGGUGUUCAGCAUAGCUAUGUUCCGGCAGCUUCCUGCUGUGCAUCCACUCUUCAAGCUCUUGGUGCCACACAUGCGAUUCACAAUAGCCAUCAAUACCAAAGCCCGAGAACAGCUUAUCUGUGAAUGUGGCCUUUUUGACAAGGCAAACGCUACAGGUGGAGGAGGACAUGUACAAAUGGUGCAGAAAGCAAUGAAGGAUCUGACUUAUACGUCUCUCUGCUUCCCUGAGGAGAUCAAAGCUAAAGGGAUGGACAGCAAAGAGGAUAUCCCCUACUACUAUUACCGGGAUGAUGGCAUUAAAGUUUGGGAGGCUAUAAAAAGUUUUGCUGAGGAUGUGAUUCACAUCUACUAUGAGAGCGACGAGGUGGUGUGUGAAGAUGUGGAGCUCCAGGCCUUCGUCAGAGAUGUUUACGUCUAUGGGAUGAGGGGUGUGAAGGCCUCAGGGUUUCCUAAGGUGAUCAAGACACGAGAGAAGCUAGCAGAAUACCUCACAGUGAUAAUAUUCACUGCAUCGGCCCAGCAUGCAGCAGUGAAUUUUGGUCAGUAUGACUGGUGUUCCUGGAUUCCCAAUGCCCCACCAACAAUGCGCCGUCCUCCUCCAACAGAAAAGGGGACAGUCACCAUUGAGCAAAUUGUGGAGACUCUGCCAGACAGGGGACGUUCUUGUUGGCAUCUUGGAGCUGUCUGGGCCUUGAGCCAGUUUCAGGACAAUGAACUGUUUCUGGGCAUGUACCCAGAUGAACACUUUGUGGAGAAGCCGGUGAAAGAGGUUAUGGCAAAAUUCCGCAAGAGUCUGGAUGAGAUCGUCAGUACCAUCACCGAGCGCAACAAGAACAAAAAGCUUCCUUACUACUACCUUUCUCCAGAUCGCAUUCCCAACAGUGUUGCUGUUUGAGCAGAUACCCAGGGGAGUUUCGGCAAGUGUAAAGCUAAUGAUGUUUUCCUGUUACAUAUGCUUCUUUUCAAUGAACUUUCAGAAAUGGAUAAAAAGCGCCUCAUCCUCUCCAUCAGAGCUGACACAUAGUCUAUUUGGACUGUCAAAACAAAUUUAAUUAUGAAUGAUCUUGCAGAUCAUGUCUAGUUGACAACUCUCUGGGUCGGUUUUAUUAUAAGUUCAUUUUUCAAAGUUUUUUUAAAAUUCAUCUGAAUUGAUAUCCACGUUUCCGUUAGCUUUUACUCUCUUAGUCAAAACAAUGAAAUUGCAGAAUCACUUAUCUUAUUCAGUGAAAACAUUAUCAUCAUCAGUAGGCAAGUCACAUCUUAAAAUCUUUCCUAUUUUAGUAGGUGAUACUGGUGACAUAAACUGUAAUUUUAAAAUUAAUGCACUGCUUUUCAUUUGAAUGAAAUGAAUGCUAAAUAUUUUCACUACAACCAUGAAUGUCCUAAUCAGGAUGAAGGUAGAAGCAGGAUACUUUCUUAACAGAGUUGAUGUGUUUUUAUCACUUUCUUAACAAGUCCGUAUGAAAUGAGAUAGCCUGAUUCAUAGGAGAUGAAAAUUUUGUACCUACAUAAAUUGAUUUAUGUUUUCCACAUAAAAUUAGGAAGGUUUGUUUUAGCCUCUGUCAGCAGACUUUGACGUCAUUCAUAUGUACAGACAAAUGUUUUGCUUAGCACAAUGUCAAUGAGCACAGACUUAGCAGACCUAGAAGCACUUAAGCUCCUUUUCUGUUUCAUUGCUGAAGUGGCUGGGUUUUGUGUAUGGUUUCUUCUGCUUUGUGAGGGAUGAAGAAGGUACUUUGUAUAGUGAUAAAAAUUGUGGAAAAGGUUUAAUUGACAGCUUCUAAGGCGACUCUUCAGAUUUGGCCAAUUAAGCAUAAUUGGCAUGUUCCACUUUAGUUAAAAAUAAAUGAGUUUUGUCUAUUUUGUUUAGAGGUGGUCACAUGCAAAUACUUGGGCUUUGGUUGAAGUUGAGAGAGUCAUUGAGAUAAUGUAAGUAAAAAUGAGGUUUGGGAAAUUUAGUAGUAGUUAUGUUAAUAACAGUUUUGGUUUAUUUUUUCCAGUAUUUGUUCCUUUUACCAGCUCCGCCAGCCUGCACUGUGUUUUCUCAAUGGAUAAGAAAGCUUCUUUUGCUAAUAAACCAAAACU